CGUUCCUUCAUCUGCCGUCUGACGGAGGACAAGAAGUCAGAGAAGUUUUUCCGGGUGUUCUAUGACCGGAUGAAGCUUGCCCAGCUGGAGAUCAAAGCCACGGUGACAGUCAACACCAGCGACCUCGGCAACAGGAAAAGAGACGACGACACCCCCGACAAGGACGUGCCCGUCCGCAAGAAAGGUCAGAGGUCAACCAAAAUCCAAAUGUCCACCUCAUAUCAGCCGUUAUUGGGUUUUGAGGGAGUAGGAUGAAGUUACCCCAUGACACUUAUCUAAGGUCAAUUUCUCUCUGAACACAUUAGCAAUAAAUAAUAACUGCCACAAAGAAGUCUUUCUUUUUAUCCCAGUACCUAGAUUUGUGAUGAUUUAUAGACUUUGUGGACUGGUUCCCUCCCUGUGUCUCUGCAGCUAAAGACUCAGUGGUAGUGGUGACAGAUGAGGCGAGAGAGCAGCUGCUGGAGGCCUCGUCGGCCACUAAGAAAGCCUUCAACUCGUACCGCCGUGAGGCCGACCCCGAUGACCACUUCUCUACGGCUGAUGGCACACCCAGCACCGGGGACAAGGGCCAGGACGAUGGAGAGAUGAGCUUUAUCAUCGUCAUCAUGCAGCCCAUCCUGCGCUUCCUCCAGCUGCUCUGUGAGAACCACAACCGAGACCUGCAGGUCAGUCAGCCAGCCCAACACCAGGGGAAGCUAGCCCUCACAGACACUGCCUCUUUAGUCUAAUUUAUACCUUCCGUGAGGUAAGAUGGAGGCGCUGAGGAGGGUAUGCAUCUUGCCGGUUCCUGCUCGACUUUGCUUUUUAUGGCUAUUCUUGCAUUAAUCAAUACUUUGUUUGCUCAGAAUUUCCUACGACUGACAAACACUUCUAGAUCACUUCUCUCUCAUCCUCCCAGAUCUGGGAUACUACAUUCGCUCCUUUGUUCCCCGCACAGCGGACUUACCCUUUUCUGCUGUCCAAGAUGACCGAAGGCAACGCCGGCGACGACGGAAAGGGGGACUCCAAGCUAGGCUAAAAGACGGGCUAAGCAGCCUCCUCUUCGUAGUAUCCUGAUAGCUAAUGUCCAAUCGCUGGAAAAUAACCUUUGUGAACUCAGAGCAAGGCUUCAAUCGCAGAGUUACAUCAGGGAAUGCUGUGUCUGUUUUUACAGAGACAUCAAAUAACAUUUUAUUUGCCACAUGCGCCGAAUACAACAGUGAAAUGCUUACAAGUCCUUAACCAACAAUGCAUUUUUAAGAAAAAUAAGUGUUAAGUAAAAAAUAAUAACAUACAGCCACAUGCAAACACCAAGGCGGCACUCAGCGAACUGUACAAGAUCAUUAGCCAGCAAGAAUCUGCUCACCCGGAAGCAGUCUUUAUUGAUGCAGGUGAUUUUAACCAAGUCCCCACCUGCUUCAAGGAGACCACCAUCGUCCCAAUGCCCAAGAAAACAAGGUGACAUGCCCAAAUGACUAUCGCCCCGUCACACUCACCGCAGUCAUCAUGAAGUGCUUCUAGAAGCUGGUCAUGGCCCACAUCAAGGCCAGCAUGUCAGGCACACUGGACCCACUCCAAUUUACCUACCACUCCAACAGAUCCACGGAAGAUGCCAUUUCCAUAGCUAUUCACACUGCCGUAACACAUCUGGACAAGAGGAAAACUUACUGUAUGUGAGAAUGCUGUUCAUUGACUACAAUUUAGCAUACAACACUAUUGUUCCCUCCAAGCUCAGAGCCCUGGGUCUGGACACCACCCUCUGCAACUGGAUGCUGGACUUCCUGACGGGCAGACCACAGGUUGUGAGGAUUGGCAACAACACCUCAUUCACACCGACUCUUAACACAUGGGCCACCCAGGGGUGUUUCCUCAGCCCUCAGCUGUACUCCCUGUUCACCCACGACUGCGUGGCUUUGCACGGCACCAACUUUAUCAUCAAGUUUACUGACAACACUACGGUUGUAGGUCUGAUAACCAACAACGAUGUGUCAGCCUAUAGGGAGGAGGUAAGUGAACUGGCAUUGUGGUGCCAGGACAAAAACCUCUCCCUCAACAUCAGCAAAACAAAGGAAUUGAUUGAUGACUUCAGGAAGCAGAGGAGGGAACAUGCCACGAUCCACAUCAACGAGACUACAGUAGAGAGAGUAUGCAGUUUUAAGUUCCUCGGUGUCCACAUCACCAAAGACCUGACAUGGACCAACAACACCACUACUCUUGUUAAGAGGGCACAACAGCGUCUCUAUUUCCUAAGGUGGCUGAAGAAAUACUACCGUUGCACCAUCGAGCGGUUGUACCGGUUGUAUCACGGCCUGGUAAGGGAAUUGCUCCGUCCACGACUGCCAGGCCCUCCAGCGUGUGGUGAAGACGGCCCAGUACGUCACUGGGACCGUGCUCCCACCCAUCCAUCCAUCCAUCCAUUCUCCACACCUUAGUACACAUGCACUCACUCACGCACGAACACACAAACACACCCACACAGACAUUCAUGCUACACACACAUCACAACUGCUCCUACCAGACUCUUAUUAUGAUUGCUAAAUACUGCACAAUUUAAACACUUGCCCCCCCAAUCCCCCCUUCCCCAAAACACGUGUAAAUAUUGGACUAUAAAUUGUGCCUCCCUGUAUUAUAGAUAUGCUAACAUGUUUAUUCUGUUCUACUGAGCUGUUUACUUUAUGUUCAUAUUCUUAUCUUUUCUUAUUUCUUAUUGUUGUUGCAAUGCCGAGGAGGAACCUGCAAUUAAGCAUUUCGUUGGAUGGUGUAUACCAUGUGUGUCCCGUACAUACGACGAAUAAAACGUGAAACUUACGUACGUGCACAAUGGAUGGCGUUGUGGUCUACGAGCCAUUUAACAUUGCUGCUAGUGCUCAUGAAGAUUAGUGGGAUGACCAUGAGGUGUAGUACGUAGGCUAGUUAGUCAAUAGCUGGAUGUAUCCACCAUUGAGCAGGUAAUUGGCCCUGUAGAAAAUCCCUCCAGCUCAGUCUUCAGGUUAUCUGCUGGUCUCCUGCUCCGGCCAGUGUCUUGCGUGUGGUGUGUGUGGGCUGCUGCUGUGUAUUCACCGUCUGAACUGAGCUGAGUCAUCUCCCCUGGGCCAGAGGUGGUGGGAGGAUCAGGAGUAAUACGAUAGAUGGUUAUAUUCAGUAAUGGAGGCCUGGCCGUCACGUCUCUAAUCUAACAGUUAGCUCAAUACAAUGGUCCUGAUUACCCAGUGACGCAUGCAUGGAUGUUCUCUGUGUACUCUAAGGAGUCAGGGUCACCCUGUCCUCAUUUUGAUGUUACCUGAAAGUCUCUUCAGUUCAGAGUCAGACACACUUUCAAUGCACAUUUCCCUUUCAAUACACAAUGUAAAGUGGGAUUGUUUUCCUGUAAAGUAAAAAAUGGUGUGUAUAAAAUGUGUUGACUUUGCGUUCUGAUGUUUCCUGCCCUUUCCCUUCCCUCACACUUGCCGCUUUCCACUCCAGAACUUCCUUCGGUGUCAGAACAACAAGAACAACUAUAACCUGGUGUGUGAGACACUGCAGUUCCUGGACUGUAUCUGUGGCAGCACAACGGGAGGCCUGGGUCUACUGGGACUCUACAUCAAUGAGAAGAACGUGGCUCUCAUCAACCAGACAGUAGAGAGCCUGACGGAGUACUGCCAGGGACCCUGCCAUGAGAAUCAGGUACUGGGAUGGGUCUUGGCCUUUAGAACUACAACUAGCUAACUACCCUUGUCAUUAGAACUAAUUAGCUAUGGGCCUUUGUCAUUUUCUCAUUAGAACUACAAGCAGAUACAGUGUGGGCCCAUCCCAUAAGACAGGGAUCAUCAACUAGAUUCAGCCGCGGGACGAUUUGUUUCUUGAGCGGUUGGUCCGGUAGCCGGAACAUAAUUACAAAUAAUUUGUAGACUACAAAUUGGCCGCAAGAAGGCCAAACAGAUAUAAUAUUUGACAAAAACAUAAUAACGUCAAACCUUGCUUACAUUUGUAUAAGAUCACGUGUCUAUUAUGUUUGGAAAUACUUGGGAACAGAUUUAUCACUUGGAGCUGAUUUCCUGGUGUUUUUACAGUUUUUUAUGUCCAACAAUAAAAAAACAUGUUUUAUUCUCAGAUAACUUGGGGGGGCCAAAUAGAUCCACCUGUGGGCCAAAUUCGUCCCGCAGGCCGCCAGUUGGAGAACCCUGCCAUAAGAACUAGCUACAAGCACAUAUGCAUACCAUAGGAACCAGUUAUGGACUCCUGUCCUGGGUCCGCUUCCAUUUCCAUCCAUACUACUGCUACUGUCAUUGGGUGGAUUGACAGGGUCCAGACAUGCAUAGUUCUUGAUCUAGUGUUCUCCUCCGUGCUUUAUAAAAUUGACCCAAGUUCUUGUUUCCUUGCAGAACUGCAUAGCCACCCAUGAGUCCAACGGCAUUGACAUCAUCAUCGCCCUGAUCUUGAAUGACAUCAACCCACUGGGGAAGAAGAGGAUGGACCUGGUGCUGGAACUCAAGGUAGCCCUCCUUCACAUUUGGUCUGCGUCUAAAAUGGCAUCUUAGUCUCUAUGUAGUGCUGUACUUCUGACCAGAUUAGUGUAAUAUAUAGGGAAUUGGGUGCCAUUUUGGAAGCCGCCUGGGUCUCCACACUAAGCCUACCAGUAGUAAAGCUACUUUACCUGGACAACUCAUUCAUCUCUCCUAAGCUAGCACCUUUGGUGCCAAAACAAAUAUCUGCAGAGUGCAUUUUCACUCUAAGCCCUGUGGAUUCUGUCUGUUUAUUUGGAAGGAGGAACAGAAACAGCUCAGAAAGGAUUUGAUCUUUAACUUUAGACGUAUCUCAUUACAAGAGCAUAAUGGUUUAAUAUCAUGGAAACGUAUCUCUCUCUCUCUCUCUCUCUCUCUCUCUCUCUCUCUCUCUCUCUCUCUCUCUCUCUCUCUCUCUCUCUCUCUCUCUCUCUCUCUCUCUCUCUCUCUCUCUCUCUCUCUCUCUCUCUCUCUCAGAACAAUGCCUCCAAGCUGUUGCUGGCUAUCAUGGAGAGUCGCCAUGACAGUGAGAACGCUGAGAGAAUCCUGUACAACAUGAGGCCGAAGGAGCUGGUGAGCCUCGUGUCCCCACAAAACUCUACGUGACCAUAUAAGUCCCCAUUCAGCCCCACAAAUCCCCUUUCAUCCCCAGACGUCCCCAUUCAUCUGAAAAAGUCCCCAUUCAUCAUCCCCACCAGUUCCCAGAAGUCCCCAAUUGCCCGACAAUUAAAGGCCACUUUAAAAUGUGCAGUUUUGGCACACAACACAAUGCCACAGAUAUCUCAAGUUUUGAGGGAGCAUGCAAUUGGAAUGCUGACUGCAGGAAUGUCCACCAGAGCUGUUGCCAGGGAAUUGAAUGUUACCAUAAGCCACCUCCGUCGUUUUAGAGAAUUUGAUGGUACGUCCAAUCGGCCUCACAACUGCAGACCACAUGUAACCACGCCAACCAGGAUUUCCACAUCCAGCUUCUUCACUUCUGGGAUGGGACCAGCCACCCGGACAGCUGAUGAAACUGUGGGUUUACACAACCAAAGAAGUUCUGCACAAACUGUCAGAAACCAUCUCAAGGAAGCUCAUCUGUGUGCUCGUCAUCCUCACCAGGGUCUUGACCUGACUGCAGUUCGGCGUCGUAACCCACUUCAGUGGGCAAAUGCUAACCUUCGAUGGCCACUGGCACGCUGGGGAAGUGUGCUCUUCACGAUUGAAUCCCGGUUUCAACUGUACCGGCAGAUGGCAGACAGCGUGUAUGGCGUCAUGUGGGCAAGCGGUUUGCUGAUGUCAACGUUGUGAACAGAGUGCCCCAUGAUGGCGGUGGGGUUAUGGUAUUGGCAGGCAUAAGCUACGGACAACAAACACAAUUGCAUUUUAUCGAUUACAAUUUGAAUGCACAGAGAUACCGUGACGGGAUCCCAAGGCCCAUUGUCGUGCCAUUCAUCCGCCGCCAUCUCCUCAUGUUUCAGCAUGAUAACGCACGACCCCAUGUUGCAAGGAUCUGUACACAAUUCCUGGAAGCUGAAAAUGUCCCAGUUCUUCCAUGGCCUGCAUACUCACCACACGUCACCCAUUUAGCAUGUUUGGGAUGCUCUGGAUCGACGUGUACGACAUUGUGUUCCUGUUCCCGCUAAUAUCCAGCAACUUCGCACAGCCAUUGAAGAGGAGUGGAACAACAUUCCACAGGCCACAAUCAACAGCCUGAUCAACUCUAUGCGAAGGAGAUGUCAAGCUACAUGAGGCAAAUGGUGGUCACACCAGAUACUGACUGGUUUUCUGAUCCACACACUUUUUUGUAAGGUAUCUUUGACCAACAGAUGCAUAUCUGUAUUCCCAUGUGAAAUUCAUGGAUUAGGGCCUAAUUUAUUUAUUUAAAUUCCCCCUGAUUUCCUUAUAUGAACUGUAAUUCAGUAAAGUCUUGCAUGUUGCAUUUAUAUUUUUGUUCAGUGUAGUUCUAUCCUCCUGAGACAGUCAGUGUUUCUGGUCAGGUAUAAAGCGUUGAAGGUAAUGGUUCUGUGGGUGGUGUGGUCCUCAGGUGGAGGUGAUCAAGAAGGCCUACCUGCAGGGAGAGGUGGAGUUUGAGGAUCCCGAAGAGGACGACGAUAGUGGGGAGGAGGAGGAGCACGAUGCUGCCUCCCCCAGGAACGUGGGCCACAACAUCUACAUCCUGGCCCACCAGGUAGAGGACAGGGCCUAGUUUACCCCAAUGAUACACAUGGUUUUAUGGAUAACCAACCAUUUGAGGUAUAUAAGUUCUCUCAGCAGAGUCAGAUGCAGUCUCCUGUCUUGCCUGCCAUACUCCUUACGAGUGAUUUCACCCCUUAUUUGACCUUUGAACCCUGUAGUUAGCGCGCCACAACAAGGAGCUGCAGGUGAUGCUGAAGCCAGGCGGGACCAACGGAGAGGGAGACGAGGCUCUGGAGUUCUACGCCAAACACACUGCUCAGAUAGAGGUCAGUGACAUCAAACACAUACACUCACACAGUUUACUAACUGGAUAUCCUUAACUGUCAUUGACACAAAUGUGUCCUUUUGCCAUAGAGCAGUGUUUCCCAAUCCUGGUCCUGGGGACCCAAAGGGGUGCACAUUAUGCCUGGGCGAUAUACCGUAUACCUGGGUAUUUCAAAAUACCGACGGUAUUAUUUUCAUUACCGUUUAUGAUUUUCAAUACCAGCCUCACGGGGGUGCGUGGAACACCGCUGCUUAUAACUAUAAAUUAAGUACUACUAUAAGAAAUCUAAGAUGUGUCAUAUAAACUGUAUCCUGCUCAGGGCUCAAGCUAAGCAUUUGGUUUGCUAACUUGCUAGCUAAGUGGCUAGAUAUCAAGAUCAAGCUUCUUGGUUACAGUAGAGACAUUCAAUACGCUCCUGGAUCAAGAUCCCUGUUGCCUAAAUAGUUUUGUGCGUCAAAAAUGUGUAUAUAUAUAUAUAUAUAUGUACAGUGGCUUGCGAAAGUAUUCACCCCCCUUGGCAUUUUUCCUAUUUUGUUGCCUUACAACCUGGAAUUAAAAUGGAUUUUGGGGGGGGGUUGUAUCAUUUCAUUUACACAACAUGCCUACCACUUUGAAGAUGCAAAAUAUUUUUUACUUUGAAACAAACAAGAAAUAAGACAAAAAAAUGAAAACUUGAGCAAACUCACUCCCCCAAGUCAAUACUUUGUAGAGCCACCUUUUGCAGCAAUUACAGCUGUAAGUCUCUUGGGGUAUGUCUCUAUAAGCUUGGCACAUCUAGCCACUAGGAUUUUUUCCCAUUCUUCAAGGCAGAACUGCUCCAGCUCCUUCAAGUUGGAUGGGUUCCGCUGGUGUACAGCAAUCUUUAAGUCAUACCACAGAUUCUCAAUUGGAUUGAGGUCUGGUCUUUGACUAGGCCAUUCCAAGACAUUUAAAUGUUUCCCCUUAAACCACACAAGUGUAGCAGUAUGCUUAGGGUCAUUGUCCUGCUGGAAGGUCUCAAAUCUCUGGAAGACUGAAACAGGUUUCCCUCAAGAAUUUCCCUGUAUUUAGCGGCAUCCAUCAUUCCUUCAAUUCUGACCACUUUUCCAGUCCCUGCCGAUGGGAAAAACAUCCCCACACCAUGCUUCACUGUGGGGAUGGUGUUCUCGGGUGAUGAGAGGUGUUGGGUUUGCGCCAGACAUAGCGUUUUUCUUGAUGGCCAAAAAGCUCAAUUUUAGUCUCACCUGACCAGAGUACCUUCUUCCAUAUGUUUGGGCAGUCUCCCACAUGGCUUUUGGCGAACACCAAACGUGUUUGCUUAUUUUUUUCUUUAAGCAAUGGCUUUUUUCUGGCCACUCUUCCGUAAAGUCCAGCUCUGUGGAGUGUACGGCUUAAAGUGGUCCUAUGGACAGAUACUCCAAUCUCCACUGUGGAGCUUUGCAGCUCCUUCAGGGUUAUAAUAAUAAUAUGCCAUUUAGCAGACGCUUUUAUCCAAAGUGACUUAGUCAUGUGUGCACACAUAUUUACGUAUUAUCUUUGGUCUCUUUGUUGCCUCUCUGAUUAAUGCCCUCCUUGCCUGGUCUGUGAGUUUUCGUGGGCGGCCCUCUCUUGGCAGGUUUGUUGUGGUGUCAUAUUCUUUCCAUUUUUUAAUAAUGGAUUUAAUGGUGUUCCGUGGGAUGUUCAAAGUUUCGUAUAUUUUUUUGUAACCCUAUAAUCUGUACUCCACAACUUUGUCCCUGACCUGUUCGGAGAGCUCCUUGGUCUUCAUGGUGCCGCUUGCUUGGUGGUGCCCCUUGCUUAGUGGUGUUGCAGACUCUGGGGCCUUUCAGAACAGGUGUAUAUAUACUGAGAUCAUGUGACAGAUCAUAUGACACUUAGAUUGCGCACAGGUGGACUUUAUUUAACUAAUUAUGUGACUUCUGAAGGUAAUUGGUUGCACCAUAUCUUAUUUAGGGGCUUCAUAGCAAAGGGGGUGAAUACAUAUGCACGCACCACUUUUCCGUUAUCAAUUUCUUAUUAUUUCUUUAAACAAGUUAUGUUUUUCAUUUCACUUCACCAAUUUGGACUAUUUUGUGUAUUUCCAUUACAUGAAAUCCAAAUAAAAUCAAUUUAAUUUACAGGUUGUAAUGCAACAAAAUAGGAAAAAUGCCAAGGGGGAUGAAUACUUUUGCAAUGCACUGUAUGUAUGUAUGUAUGUACGCUACCAGUCAAAGGUUUGGACACACCUACUCAUUCAAGGGUUUUUCUUUAUUUUUACUAUUUUUUACAUUGCAGAAUAAUAGUGAAGACAUCAAAACUAUGAAAUAACACAUAUGGACUCAUGUAGUAAACAAAUGUAAGUAUAUAUUUUAUAUUUGAGAAUCUUCAAAUAGCCACCCUUUUCCUUGAUGACAGCUUUGCACACUCUUGGCAUUCUCUAAACCAGCUUCACCUGGAAUGCUUUUCCAACAGUCUUGAGGGAGUUCCCACAUGGUAGUCAUGCUGGUUAAGUGUGCCUUGAAUUCUAAAUAAAUCACAGACAGUGUCACCAGCAAAGCACCCCCACACCAUAACACCUCCACCUCCAUGCUCCUCCAACACCUCCUCCUCUCUUCUCCAGACCAUCUCCAGUGUCCUUCUCCCUUACCUCACCUCGCUCAUCAACUCAUCCUUGACCGCUGGCUAUGUCCCUUCCGUCUUCAAGAGAGCGAGAGUUGCACCCCUUCUCAAAAAACCAACACUCGAUCCCUCUGAUGUCAACAACUACAGACCAGUAUCCCUUCUUUCUUUUCUCUCAAACUCUUGAGCGUGCCGUCUUUAGCCAACUCUCUUGCUAUCUCUCUCAGAAUGACCUUCUUGAUCCAAACCAGUCAGGUUUCAAGACUGGUCAUUCAACUGAGACUGCUCUUCUCUGUGUCACGGAGGCUCUCCGCAUUGCUAAAGCUAACUCUCUCUCCUCUGCUCUUGUCCUUCUAGACCUGUCUGCUGCCUUUGAUACUGUGAACCAUCAGAUCCUCCUCUCCACCCUCUCCGAGCUGGGCAUCUCCGGCGCGGCUCACUCUUGGAUUGUGUCCUACCUGACCGGUCGCUCCUACCAAGUGGCGUGGCGAGAAUCUGUCUCCACACCACGUGCUCUCAUCACUGGUGUCCCCCAGGGCUCAGUUCUAGGCCCUCUCCUAUUCUCGCUAUACACCAAGUCACUUGGCUCUGUCAUAUCCUCACAUUGCCUCUCCUAUCAUUGCUACGCAGACGACACACAACUAAUCUUCUCCUUUCCCCCUUCUGAUAACCAGGUGGCGAAUCGCAUCUCUGCAUGUCUGGCAGACAUAUCAGUGUGGAUGACGGAUCACCACCUCAAGCUGAACCUCGGCAAGACGGAGCUGCUCUUCCUCCCGGGGAAGGACUGCCCGUUCCAUGAUCUCGCCAUCACGGUUGACAACUCCGUUGUGUCCUCCUCCCAGAGUGCGAAGAGCCUUGGCGUGACCCUGGACAAUACCCUGUCGUUCUCCGCUAACAUCAAGGCGGUGACCCGAUCCUAUAGGUUCAUGCUCUACAACAUUCGGAGAGUACGACCCUGCCUUACACAGGAAGCGGCACAGGUCCUAAUCCAGGCACUUGUCAUCUCCCGUCUGGAUUACUGCAACUCGCUGUUGGCUGGGCUCCCUGCCUGUGCCAUUAAACCCCUACAACUCAUCCAGAAUGCCGCAGCCCGUCUGGUGUUCAACCUUCCCAAGUUCUCUCACGUCACCCCGCUCCUCCACACACUCCACUGGCUUCCAGUUGAAGCUCGCAUCUGCUACAAGACCAUGGUGCUUGCCUACGGAGCUGUGAGGAGAACGGCACCUCCGUACCUUCAGGCUCUGAUCAGUCCCUACACCCAAACGAGAGCAUUGCGUUCAUCCACCUCUGGCCUGCUGGCCCCCUUACCUCUGCGGAAGCACAGUUCCCACUCAGCCCAGUCAAAACUGUUCGCUGCUCUGGCACCCCAAUGGUGGAACAAGCUCCCUCACAACGCCAGGACAGCGGAGUCACUCACCACCUUCCAACGACACUUGAAACCCCACCUCUUUAAGGAAUAUCUGGGAUAGGAUAAAGUCAUCAUUCUACCCCCCCUUACCCCACCAGCUAAAAAAAUAACAUAUUGUAAAGUGGUUAUCCCACUGGCUAUAAGGUGAAUGCACCAAUUUGUAAGUCGCUCUGGAUAAGAGCGUCUGCUAAAUGACGUAAAUGUAAAUAUUAUGGUGGGAAAUACGCAUGCGGAGAUCAUCCGUUCACCCACGCCGUGUCUUACCCACACCGCGUCUCAGAAAGACACGGCUGUUGGAACCAAAAAUCUCACAUUUGGACUCCAGUCCAAAGGACAAAUUUCCACCGGUCUAAUGUCCAUUGCUCGUGUUUCUUGGCCAAAGCAGGUCUCUUCUUCUUAUUGGUGUCCUUUAGUAGUGGUUUCUUUGCGGCAAAUCGACCAUGAAGGCCUGAUUCACACAGUCCCCUCUGAACAGUUGAUGUUGAGAUGUGUCUGUUAUGUGAACUCUGUGAAGCAUUUAUUUGGGCUGCAAUUUCUGAGGCUGGUAACUCUAAUGAACUUGUCUUCUGCAGCAGAUGUUUCUUGGGUCUUCCAUUCCUGUCGCGGUCCUCAUGAGAGCCAGUUUCAUCAUAGCGCUUGAUGGUUUUUGCGACUGCAUUUGAAGAAACGUUCAAAGUUCGCGUAUUGACUGACCUUUGUCUUAAAGUAAUGAUGGACUGUCAUUUCUCUUUGCUUAUUUGAGCUGUUCUUGCCAUAAUAUGGACUUGGUAUUUUUCCAAAUAGGGCUAUCUUCUGUAUACCCCCCCCCCCCACCUUGUCACAACACAACUGAUUGGCUCAAACGCAUUAAGAAGGAAAGAAAUUCCACAACUUAACUUUUAAGAAGGCACACCUGUUAAUUGAAAUGCAUUCCAGGUGACUACCUCAUGAAGCUGGUUGAGAGAAUGCCAAGAGUGUGCAAAGCUGUCAUCAAGGCAAAGGGUGGCUAUUUGAAGAAUCUCAAAUAUAAAAUAUAUUUGGAUUUGUUUAACACUGUUUUUGCUUACUACAUGAUUCCAUAUGUGUUAUUUCAUAGUUUUGAUGUCUUCACUAUUAUUCUACAAUGUAGAAAAUAGUAAAAAGAAAGAAAAACCCUGGAAUGAGUAGGUGUGUCCAAACUUUUGACUGGUUCUGUAUGUAGAUAGAUAGAUAUGUGUGUGUGUGUGUGUGUGUGUGUGUGUUAUUAUAAUUUAUUUGUGAAAUAGCGCCCCUUGUGUGCACUUCCGGUAAUACCGCAUACCCCAGUAUUGUACAGAAACGGAAUGACGGUAUGAAAAUCUGGAUACCGCCCAACCCUAGUGCACAUUUUUGUUUUUGUCCUAGUACCGACACACUUGAUCCAACUAAUUAACUCAUCAAGCCUUUGAUUAGUGGAAUCAGGUGUAUUAGUGCUAGGGCAAAAAACUAAAUGUGCACUACUUUGGGUCCCCAGGACCAGGAUUGGGAAACACUGCCGUAGAGAGAUUUCAGUUCUUCUAAAUCUGAGGCCUAAUGGAAUACUCCAGGCCUGGAGCUAAAUUACACUGUCCAGGCCCACUCGUGCUCCCCAAACUGGGGCCUAAGUCGCUGGUCCACUCUAUACUUAUGGAGCUGACAGUGACGGCGUGUGUUCCUGUGUGUGUCCUCCUCUCAGAUCGUGCGUCAUGACCGCACCAUGGAGGAGAUCGUGUUCCCUGUGCCCAACAUCUGUGAGUUCCUGACCUGUGAGUCCAAAUUGAGGGUGUAUUACACCACAGAAAGGGACGAGCAGGGUAGCAAGAUCAACGACUUCUUCCUCAGCGCUGAGAACCUCUUCAAUGAGAUGAACUGGCAGAAGAAACUACGAGGUAGCUAGCUCUUCAAAAUGGCCUCUCAGGAGGGUUUUACUCAUUGAUAUUCAUCUACUUCCUCUCAAAUUUGACUGCAUUAACUUGAUGCAGUCUAAAUAAAAUAAAAAAUAUAUAUAAAAGUGGUAUGUUAUGUCAAAACUUCCUAGUGAUCUAAUGACGUGACCCAGAGAAGCUGUGAAAGGGUUAAUGUUGCUGUUGCAGGGCUAGUAUUAAUAGAGCCAGUGUCAUCCUCUCUCUGUGUGUUUUGGCAGAGGCUAGUGUUUCACUAUUACACCUCCUCUUUCCAUUGUCUGUCUGUUAGUCUUGUCAGUCUGUCAGUGGGCUGUAGGGGCAUUCCGCUACAUCUGGGCCGUGAAACAGUAUGAAUCACAACUGAGAGCACAGCACACACACGCACACAUUUACAGUAAUACACACUCUCACAUACACACUACACACACACACAAUUACACAUUGUGCAUACACAGACACAUGCCCACACACUUUCUCUCACUGUCAGACAGACAGAAAGAGAAAAGUCCCUCGUCUAUUUUCUAUUUUCCAAUAAAACCAAUCUGAAAAACGACACAGAAUAGCGUCUAUAAACAGUGCCAGCAGGCCAGAUUGGCUGUCAUCUGUGGGGAGGGGAGGUGACAGCCAGCUUCAGUAGAGGAAAGGUUACAGUGAGAUGUCUAAUGGUCAUGUUCCCCAUGGGUGUCUAGUCCUAAACCAACAUGAACAGCAGAGACAUUCAACUCCCCUCUGCCUUUGUGGUUCUUUCCUCCCCGCUUAAACUUCUAAUAAAAAUAUAGAAAUACUUAUAAUGAUGUACAUUUUCUUCACUCAAUUCUAGAAAUGGCACCUGUUAAGUGUAAUAUUUGACCAUUGAACACUUUAUUCUAUAAUAAAAAUGUAUGUGCUUUAAUACUGAGCCUUUCUGUUAUUGCACACUUACAGUACGAGGCACUGAUACACUGUAUCACACAGCUUUCACACACCACUGCCCUCCAGCUAUGAGUACUACAGGAUAUACAGAGCCUGCUGUAAAGUAUCAUACCAAAUAAGGAAAUGUCCAAUAGAUAUGCUGUUAUUGGUAAAAUGUGUAAUGUCAAGUUUGUUAUUUCUCUUUUUUCUUUUUUGUUCUCUUUCUCUCUCUCUCUCCUCUUUCUCCCCCCUACCGCUCUCCCUCUCUCUCCCCCUACCUCUUUCCCCCCUUCCCUCACUCUCUCCUCUAGCCCAGCCUGUACUGUACUGGUGUUCCAGGAACAUGUCAUUCUGGAGUAACAUCUCCUUCAACCUGGCCGUCCUCAUGAACCUGCUGGUGGCUUUCUUCUACCCCCUGGAGGGGUUGCGUGAAGGUCAGUCAUGUGCCAGCGAUUUUCUAGCUUUAACCUUUAACCCCUGUCUCUGGUCCAAAGCAUUGACCACUCCCACCCCAGCCUUGAUUGUCAAGCCACAUUCAAUACUAACCCUGGACAUCAGGGUAUUUCAUUGAUUUUCAAAAUAUUGAACAUGGGUUCAAGAUUUACAUGCUGUAGCUAUGUCCUUUUGAAUCAUCUGAUUGUGGUAUUCAUUCAUUCUGUCUAUGCAUGUAGUGUCAGUUUAAGAAAACACUUUCACAAAUGAACCAUUGUCUACAUGUACCUGGUCACUAGGGACAUCUUAUGUACCUUCAAUCAAUGCUCAGACUCUUCCCUGUAUAUGAAGGAGUUUUAGGAGAUUUCAGGUUUUUGCUGUUUCCAUUGUGGAUUCUUUCAUGUGUGUUGAUGGCAUGGUCUGUUUAUGUGGGCGCUUCGGCCCCGGCUCUGUUCCCCUCAGAGCGAUCAAGCAUAUUUGUAUGUCCCUUUGAAGUGCUGGUGUAGAGCAUUGGAUCAGAGGAAGGUUGCGUGAGUCGCACACACAACACUGAGGGCUGAAAACAGGAAUAACAGAGGACGGCUUAGGUCUCUGUGAUAUGAUCCGGCCCAGUUGCACUGUAUCACAUGGACUUCUACAUGUAUUUCAGUGCAACUGGAUGGCUAUAAUAUUUUUCUCCAUUUUGUGCCUUUUUAUAGGUGUUCCUCUACUUGUGCAUUAUGGAACAUUGAGUGCACAAUAACUGUGGAACAUUUUGUUAAGUCAUUGUAGACAAUGGACUGAUGUGUUUAUAUUACACUGUGUGCUUGUAGUUUUGUAGUUUUAUAGAGGCUUAUUUAGAUAACACAUUAUUUCCUUAAUUAUGCAACAGAAAUGGUACUCACACUCAAGUUAAAUGUAUUGUACAAUUUUGUAUGGGGGGAAAUUGUAUCUGUGUAAACACAUGGCAAUAAUAUUAUUAGCUAUGAGUAUUUCAAUGUGAGGGAUUGACGCUAUACUUAUACAAUAUUGCCAUAUGCUAACUUUAUUACCUCUUCACAAGCGUAAAUAUUUCCAAACAGUACACCAGUAAGUCUAGGUACCGGGCAUUCUGAUCUCUGGGGUUUAGAAUGUAAAAUAUUCCCGUUGAGACAUUUUGGGCUCUGGGAAGUGACCCAAAAUCCUUUGCCUUCCCUUCCCAAACUCCCCCUGACCCAGUGAUCUCCGUCCUUCGUCUCAUCCUCUGACCUAUUGACCUCUGACCUCAGGCCACCUGACUGGGAUCAGGAUCACAGGCUAAAAAUCUCUCCUCUGUCUUCUUUCUCUGUCUCUCUCUCUCUCUCUCAAAAACUACAGAGAUGUUAUCAUGUGGAAAAGUAACCCUCAUCAACCCCAUUUCAAUGUACUUGAAUGCUAUUAUACGCAGUCACACUAACUACUGUAACUGAGUGGAGUAGCAUGGCUGUGGAUGAGGCCUCUCUUGUAGACUACAGCAGUAUUACAGCACUGUACAGUUCAGCCCAGUGUGCGUGUGUUUCCCGCCCUACAGUACAGUAGAGCUGUGUGAAGGGGGGUUAGGGGAUCACGUGAGGCCCCACAUACCUUUGGCCUGGUUCAGCAACUCUGUUUAUGGCUCAGGGCCUCAAUCGCUCGCUCGCUCGCUUUCUCUCUCUCUCUCUCCCCCCCGCUCUGGAAUGAGGGAUGGAAAUUAGAUAAGAAUGCUCAAACUAGAUCAGUGUGUGCCGCUGUCUGCCUGUUGACGAGUAGGGGCUUAUGUCACUCAGGACCCCACACGCCUAGCCUAGCCUGACACAACACAUACAGUACAGUCGCCCGCAGACACUAUACAUGGAGCUCUUAUCACACACACCCAAGCAGAGCAUGCAGACCCCAGACAGUCAGUCCAUUCCUCAUGACUCUUUCAGCUGAGUAUUUUUUUUCUUCUUUAUUUUCUAUUAUUUUUAUUUUUAUUUUUUAUUAUUAUCAUUUUUUACUCCCCAAUUUUGUGAUAUCCAAUUGGUACUUAGUCUUGUCCCAUCGCUGCAACUCCCGUACGGACUCGGGAGAGGCGAAGGUCGAGAGCCAUGCGUCCCCUGAAACACAACCCCGCCAAGCCGCACUGCUUCUUGACACAAUGCACGCUUAACCCGGAACCCAGCCGCACCAAUCACUGUACACCUGGCGACCGUGUCAGCGUGCAUGCACCCGGUCCGCCACAGGAGUCACUACAGGGCGAUGGGAUAAGGACAUCCCGGCCGGCCAAACCCUCCCCUAACCUGGACGACGCUGGGCCAAUUGUGCGUCGCCUCAUUGGUCUCCCGGUCGCGGCCGGCUGCUACACAAACCGGUAUCGAACCAGGAUCUGUAGUAACGCAGCUUGCACUGCGAUGCAGUGCCUUAGACCGCUGCGCCACUCGGGAGGCCUCAGCCGAGUGUCACCUGUCAUAUGACCUCUACAGGAACCAGAAAUGAAUGGGGAUUACUGUCCUCUUGCUCUCUUUCUAUUACUAGCUCCCUAUUUCCUCUUGCUCCCUUUUCUCUCCUCUUCUCCCCCCCUUUCUCCCCAAUAUGUUUUUUCCCAAAUUCUACCCCCCGCCUCCCAUUCCUUCCUGGCCCCCCCUAACACACACAUGCACGAACGCAAACACACACGAACGCAAACACACACAAGCCUGCCUGCAGUAAGACCCUGGUUUAGUGCCUGGGGCUGGUUACAGAAGCAAGUUGCAUAAUUUAUUGCAUUAUUCUUAUGUGGAAGUGGGGUGUGUAGGCUGACAAGGUGUGGUGUGUGUGUCCUCCCUAGGUACCCUGGAGCCCCACCUGUCUGCCCUGCUCUGGUUGGGCAUGUUUGCAUCGUUGGCUAUCGUGGUGGCCAUGCCCCAGCCCCUCGGGGUACGCACCCUCAUCAUUGCGACCAUCCUCCGCCUCAUCUUCUCUGUGGGCCUGGAGCCCACCCUCUUCUUGCUUGGAGCCUUCAAUGUACGUCUGCUUCGGGAAACGUGUGUGUGUUUGACUAUAUUGUAGUCCGACGCUAAAUCUUAAUUUCCGUGUUCUCCGAUGUCAAUCCAGAUGACCUUGCUAGCCCUCAGUAGCCCCCCCUCUCUCCUCAUGCCCCCUUCACACCACAUUCAUCCGCCCAUGCCCUCCCCUGUACGUACCCACUACCCACACACCCUGUCCCCAUGUAGACCUCCCUCACGCCCCAGCCCAUACCCAUUCCAGUGCCCAUUCUGACUGUGGCGUAACCCCCUGGCGUGACUCCCUGGCUGGCCUGACUCCCUGGCUGGCCUGGCACAGCCUGAGUGUGUAGGCGGUUGGCUGUGAAAUGCGUCACUAGACCCUGGAGGCUGACACCACCCCUGCAGCUGCCCAAAAUUCCCUGGAACUGCCCCUUAUACACGGACCGCUGCCCAUUCCCCCUGUGUCCUCAACUGGCCCCUUCUGCAUUUCUCUCCUCCCUCUGUCUCCCCUCCCUCCCUGUGGCUGGGGGAUAGAUAGUGAUCCCACACCCAUCUUCUCAACGCCAGAACUACUACAACUCCUACUAUACUACUAAGAACAAUCCAAUGCUAAUCCAUUAAAUGCCUGUCCUGUAGGAUCACAUUUGUGUCUUAUGGUCAUCAUGGAAUGUCAUGUAGUGCAUGUCCUAUGAAAAUAUUCACAUUUUAUGCAUAGAAAGAAAUAACAUAUUAUAAGCCUUGUUAUAAGUUAUAAAGCAUUAUGGCUGGAUAUUUUAAGUUAAAUGUUACGUCACAUUCCAUUAAUGGUCAGGUCUCCCUCGUGAAAGAGGUAAUCUGACCUCAAUGGAACUUCCUGGUUAAAUAAAGGUUAGAUAAAAUAAUAAUGAUAAUAAAUAUGAAUCUCUCCUGUCCCUGCAGGUGUGUAAUAAGAUCAUCUUCUUGAUGAGUUUUGUGGGGAACAGAGGGACGUUCACGCGGGGCUACAAGGCCAUGAUCCUGGACGUUGAGUUCCUUUACCAUCUUAUGUACCUCAUCAUCUGUAGCCUGGGGGUCUUUGUCCAUGUCUUCUUCUACAGCCUACUGGUAUAUUUACAUAUAUAUUCUGUAUUUUAAUAUAUAUGGCUGCUGGUGAGCACACAGUCACACUUAAUAGGAAGCUGUCUAGAAGCAUUAGCUAAUGUUGGUAGAAACCUCAAUGGCCAAACUCUCUGGUUCAAAAGCCUUUGGUUCUGGCUCCGAGCACAGUCUCAGGACACAUUUAAGGCACACAGACACACACACAGACACACACAAAGACAGACACACACACAGAGUAUUUAAGGACAGGGGCUUUUAACAAACAGGAACUGGCUCAGGUUGUGUUAUGUUAUUGUUGUUGGUUAGUUCAGGUGUGGAUUGAUGCUGGAUUGAUGCUUGCUGGUGAAUUAUGAUGUGUCAGGUGUACUGCAUGUGGCUGAGUCUGUGGAUGUAACUAAUUAGGUAACUAAUUACAACGCCCAGGGGCUGCCAAUGCAAAUGCAGAGCAGCAGAAGAUUUCCAUGUGAAUGACAGGAUACUGUUAUGUCAAAUCUUAGGUGUCAUAGAGAAAAGGACUGGGAAUCUGUUUAGGAAAAUAGAACAGCUAUGAAAGGAGACACAUAAAAAGAGGACAUUAAUUAUCCAAAUGAUUCUAUUUUUGUACAAAUGUAUCAACCCCCCCCCCCCCCCCCCACACACACACACACACACACCUAUUUCCAAACUAGACACAAAAUACCUUUAUAAUGGUCAGAAAAAAGUCUUAACAGAUUUAUUUAUUUUUUACUAUAAUUUAUAUAUUUUUUCCAUUCUAUUUCUACAUUAGGUCUAGCUAUAACUCCGUGUUGUGUCUCCUUCGUGCAGCUCUUUGACCUGGUGUACAGGGAGGAGACACUACUGAACGUCAUAAAGAGUGUGACCCGUAACGGUCGCUCCAUCGUACUGACAGCAGUGCUGGCUCUCAUCCUGGUCUACCUGUUCUCCAUCGUGGGGUACAUCUUCUUCAAGGAUGACUUCAUCCUGGAGGUGGACCGCAUUCCCAACACCACUCUGGGUGAGGAGGAGACCAUAGAAAUAGUUACUUUCUGCUUUACUGCUAUGGGGCCACUCAAUAUGGCAUAAUUGAUCAGAAUGGGGGGCGCCCGUUCUAUUUCUUUUAAAUCUAUGGAGACCAGGGAUGUUUAUUAGGCUGGUCCCAGAUCUGUUUUUGCCGUCUUGCCAACUCCUCAACUCCAACGGAGUUGGUAAAACAGCACUGGGACCAGGCUAGAUGUUAAUGAUCUGUCGAGAGGAAAUUCUUUCCACGGCUUACUGAGUUACACAGUCACACAAUAACCAACGUCCCUCACAUCCCGGAAAUCCAUAACAUAUACAGUGAGGGAAAAAAGUAUUUGAUCCCCUGCUGAUUUUAUAAGUUUGCCCACUGACAAAGAAAUGAUCAGUCUAUAAUUUUAAUGGUAGGUUUAUUUGAACAGUGAGAGACAGAAUAACAAAAACAAAAUCCAGAAAAACGCAUGUCAAAAGUUUUAUAAAUUGAUUUGCAUUUUAAUGAGGGAAAUAAGUAUUUGACCCCCUCUCAAUCAGAAAGAUUUCUGGUUCCCAGGUGUCUUUUAUACAGGUAACGAGCUGAGAUUAGUAGCACACUCUUAAAGGGAGUGCUCCUAAUCUCAGUUUGUUACCUGUAUAAAAGACACCUGUCCACAGAAGCAAUCAAUCAAUCAGAUUCCAAACUCCCCACCAUGGCCAAGACCAAAGAGCUCUCCAAGGAUGUCAGGGACAAGAUUGUAGACCUACACAAGGCUGGAAUGGGCUACAAGACCAUCGCCAAGCAGCUUGGUGAGAAGGUGACAACAGUUGGUGCGAUUAUUCGCAAAUGGAAGAAACACAAAAUAACUGUCAAUCUCCCUUGGCCUGGGGCUCCAUGCAAGAUCUCACCUCUUGGAGUUGCAAUGAUCAUGAGAACGUUGAGGAAUCAGCCCAGAACUACACGGGAGGAUCUUGUCAAUGAUCGUGAAGGACUGAAAUCCUGCAGCGCCCGCAAGGUCCCCCUGCUCAAGAAAGCACAUAUACAGGGCCGUCUGAAGUUUGCCAAUGAACAUCUGAAUGAUUCAGAGGAGAACUGGGUGAAGUGUUGUGGUCGAGCUCUUUGGCAUCAACUCAACUCGCCGUGUUUGGAGGAAGGGGAAUGCUGCCUAUGACCCCAAGAACACCAUCCCCACCGUCCAACAUGGAGGUGGAAACAUUAUGCUUUGGUGGUGUUUUUCUGCUAAGGGGACCGGACAACUUCACCGCAUCAAAGGGACGAUGGACCGGGCCAUGUACCGUCAAAUCUUGGGUGAGAACCUCCUUCCCUCAGCCAGGGCAUUGAAAAUGGGUCGUGGAUGGGUAUUCCAGCAUGACAAUGACCCAAAACACACGGCCAAGGCAACAAAGGAGUGGCUCAAGAAGAAGCACAUUAAGGUCCUGGAGUGGCCUAGCCAGUCUCCAGACCUUAAUCCCAUAGAAAAUCUGUGGAGGGAGCUGAAGGUUUGAGUUGCCAAACGUCAGCCUCGAAACCUUAAUGACUUGGAGAAGAUCUGCAAAGAGGAGUGGGACAAAAUCCCUCCUGAGAUGUGUGCAAACAUGGUGGCCAACUACAAGAAACGUCUGACCUCUGUGAUUGCCAACAAGGGUUUUGCCACCAAGUACCAAAAAAAAUAAAUAAAAAAUAAUACUAAGUCAUGUUUUGCAGAGGGGUCAAAUACUUAUUUCCCUAAUUAAAAUGCAAAUCAAUUUAUAACAUUUUUGACGUGUUUUUCUGGAUUAUUUUGUUGUUAUUCUGUCUCUCACUGUUCAAAUAAACCUACCAUUAAAAUUAUAGACUGAUCAUGUCUUUGUCAGUGGGCAAACGUACAAAAUCAGCAGGGGAUCAAAUACUUUUUUCCCUCACUGUAGUACAGGGACAGGGAACACUAUAGAAUAGUGUUAUGUGGAGGUGUUGUUCUUCCAGUUGUCAUUAGCACGUUGCUAACUAAUCUGAUGUCCCUUGUAGAGAAUGGGGCCAGUAUGCCCAAUAAGCUGGUGUCUGAUGGGAUGUGUCGGUCUGAGAGUGGAGAGAACAACUGCACCACAGAGCUUCAAGUGGAUGGUACAGUACAAUACAAUACAAUACUCCAGCAAACUAUACAAUAAUAAUAGCCUAUGGCCUACUGCAAAGGUUUCUGUCAACCAAAAUCAUUUCUCAAAGGCCUUUAUCAGAUUAUUGGCAUUUGAUCAUCGUCAAGGCGCUUUGUGUGUGUGACAAACUAAACCAAUGACUGGCUCUGAUGCAGUUGUGGCAGACUCCUGUGUUGUCGUGGAGGCUUCUGUCACCCAUGAUAAAACAUAAUAUCCUGCAUCGAGGACAACACUCCUCGGUAUCAGGCUAAGGCAGCUACAGCUUGCCUGAUGCUCACCUUGAAUUGAAAUCCGCUGUUCUAUCGAUCGCUACAUACAUUCAGUCUGAAACUAUCAUCCUAGAAGUCGUUUGUGUGACUUCAAAAUGAAAGGCGUUGUACAAAACAAAUUAAUUAGCGAUUGGAUCGUCUCUAACAAAUUGAACCUGUCAGAGUAUGAAAAUUGAUAGUGUCAUCAUGUAGGCCGAAUCUGGCCCUACCCAUCGAUUUCUGGGACCAAUCAGAACGGUCAGAAUGUGUUCGCAUUCUAGAAAUCAUCGGGGAGGGGUGCAAAUCCAGACUCAUCGUGGAGAAGAAACGUCAGUUGGCCGGAGCGAAGUGGAUGGGUAACCAGGCAAAGCUACGGCAGCACUGGACUGGCCUGAAGGCUGCAGGGGAAACGUGCUGCUCUGGACUGUGCUGAUCAUUCUGUCUCCCAUUCCAUGUGUCAGAAUGCUUCCAUUGGCGAGGACAUUCUCACCUUUAUUGUUAAGGUGAGGCUGCAGGUUCUACCAACAAAAUAUAAUCUAGCACUCUGGUACCUGCCCGGCAAACCAUGACCUGUUUUGAAUGUUACACACUGAGUCAAAUGUAAUGGAGACUGUUGCACAUGUACAUACAGCCUCGUUGACCUGAGCCAGUGAGGUGGGACAGCACGCAUCCUUGAACAUUCUUGUGUAAAAUGAAGUUAGUUUGAUGUUGUGUUUUUCUGUAUACCAAAUACUCCAAAUAUUGUCGUUAUGGGGGGAGGCCAGAGGAAGGUGCUCAUUUUGGAAGUGGGUUUCUCUUGGUUGUUAGAUGAAGCAGGCUUUGCUGACAAGUUUCUUAAAUACCAGCCCCUCCUAUCACAUUUUGGAUAGCCUUGGAUAUAUGUGCUAGGUGGUGGCACUGAUAUUUGGCAGUCUUGUCCACGUACAUAGGCUUAGGGUACGUGGCCUUCAGAUUGGAAGAUGGCGCCGGAGGGGAUGGCUGCCGUUUUAUGGACUCUUAACCAACCGUGCUAUUUUAUGUGUUUUUUUGCAUUGUUUGUAACUUAUUUUGUACAUAAUGUUGCUGCUACCGUCUCUUAUGACCGAAAAGAGCUUAUGGACAUCAGAACAGCGAUUACUCACCUUGAACUGGAUGAAUAAUUUUUAUUUAAUGAAUCGGACGAGAGGGAUUUGAUUCAGACACCCGACAGGGCCCUCAUCCCCGUCAUUCGCAGUAGAAAGAAAAGGAGAUAUCGCGGAAGGAGAUCGGGGUGCUUGGUAAGGAGCCAGCGACGAGUGGCUAAUCUACCUUUGCCAUCGAUACUAUUGGCCAACUUACAAUCGCUUGAUAAUAAAGUGGACGAACUACAGGCACAAAUAUCCUACCAACGGGACAUUAAAAACUGUAAUAUCUUAUGUUUCACAGCGUCGUGGCUGAACGAAGACAUGAAUAACAUACAGCUGGCGGGUUAUACACUGUAUCGGCAGGAUAGAACAGCAGCCUCUGGUAAGACAAGGGGUGGCGGUCUAUGUAUAUUUGUAAACAACAGCUGGUGCACGAUAUCUAAGGAAGUCUCAAGGUUUUGCUCGCCUGAGGUAGAGUAUCUCAUGAUAAGCUGUAGACCACACUAUCUACCAAGAGAGUUUUCAUCUAUAUUCUUCGUAGCUGUCUAUUUACCACCACAAACUGAUGCUGGCACUAAGACCGCACUCAAUGAACUGUAUACGGCCAUAAACAAACAGGAAAACGCUCAUCAAGAGACGGCGCUCCUAGUGGCCGGGGACUUUAAUGCAGGGAAACUUAAAUCUGUUUUACCUCAUUUCUACCAGCAUGUUAAAUGUGCAACCAGAGGGAAAACAACUAUAGACCACCUUUACUCCACAGCAGAGACGCGUACAAAGCUCUCCCUCGCCCUCCAUUUGGCAAAUCUGACCAGAAUUCUAUCCACUGAUUCCUGCUUACAAGCAAAAACUAAAGCAGGAAGCACCAGUGACUCGGUCAAUAAAAAAGUGGUCAGAUGAAGCAGAUGCUAAGCUACAGGACUCUUUUGCUAGCACAGACUGGAAUAUGUUCCGAGAUUCUGCCGAUGGCAUUAAGGAGUACACCACAUCAGUCACUGGCUUCAUCAAUAAGUGCAUCUAUGAUGUCGUCCCCACAGUGACUGUACGUAGAUACCCCAACCAGAAGCCAUGGAUUACAGGCAACAUCCGCACUGAGCUAAAGGGUAGAGCUGCCGCUUUCAAGGAGCGGGACUCUAACCCGGAAGCUUAUAAGAAAUCCUGCUAUGCCCUCCGACGAACCAUCAAUCAGGCAAAGCGUCAAUACAGGACUAAGAUCGAAUCGUACUACACCGGCUCCGACGCUCGUCGGAUUUGGCAGGGCUUGCAAACUAUUACAGACUACAAAGGGAAGCACAGCUGCGAGCUGCCCAGUGACACGAGCCUACCAGACAAGCUAAAUUACUUCUAUGCUCGCUUCGAGGCAAGUAACACUGAAACAUGCAUGAGAGCAUCAGCUGUUCCGGAUGACUAUGUGAUCACGCUCUCUGUAGUCGAUGUGAGUAAGACCUUUAAAAGGGUCAACAUUCACAAGACCGGAUUACCAGGACGUGUACUCCGAGCAUGCGCUGACCAACUGGCAAGUGUCUUCACUGACAUUUUCAACAUGAGUCUGUAAUACCAACAUGUUUCAAGCAGACCCCAUAGUCCCUGUGCCCAAGAACACUAAGGUAACCUGCCUAAAUGACUACCGACCCGUAGCACUCACAUCUGUAGCCAUGAAGUGCUUUGAAAGGCUGGUCAUGGCUCACAUCAACAGCAUUAUCCCAGAAACCCUAGACCCACUCCAAUUUGCAUACCGCCCCAACAGAUCCACAGAUGAUGCAAUCUCUAUUGCGCUCCACACUGCCCUUUCACACCUGGACAAAAGGAACACCUAUGUGAGAAUGCUAUUCAUUGACUACAGCUCAGCGUUCAACACCAUAGUGCCCUCAGAGCUCAUCACUGAGCUAAGGACCCUGUGACUAAACACCUCCAUCUGCAACUGGAUCCUGUACUUCCUGACGGGCAGCCCCCAGGUGGUAAGGGUAGGUAACAACACAUCCGCCACUCUGAUCCUCAACACGGGGGCCCCUCAGGGGUAUAUGCUCAGUCCCCUCCUGUACUCCCUGAUCACUCAUGACUGCAAUGGCCAGGCACGACUCCAACACCAUCGUUAAGUUUGCCAAUGACACAACAGUGGUAGGCCUGAUCACGGACAACGAUGAGACAGCCUAUAGAGAGGAGGUCAGAGAUCUGGCCAUGUGGUGCCAGGACAACAACCUCUCCCUCAACGUGAUCAAAACAAAGGAGAUGAUUGUGGACUACAGGAAAAAGAAGAGGACAGAGCACGCCCCCAUUCUUAUUGACGGGGCUGCAGUGGAGCAGGUUGAGAGCUUCAAGUUCCUUGGUGUCCACAUCACCAACAAACUAACAUGGUCCAAGGACACCAAGACAGCCGUGAAGAGGUCACGACAAAGCCUAUUCCCCCUCAGGAGACUGAAAAGAUCUGGCAUGGGUCCUCAUAUCCUCAAAGUUCUACAGCUGCACCAUCGAGAGCAUCCUGACUGGUUGCAUCACUGCCUGGUAUGGCAACUGCUCGGCCUCCGACCGCAAGGCACUACAGAGGGUAGUGUGUAUGGCCCAGUACAUCACUGGGGCCAAGCUUCCUGCCAUCCAGGACCUCUAUACCAGUCGGUGUCAGAGGAAGGCCCUAAAAAUUUUGAAAGACUCCAGCCACCCUAGUCACAGACUGUUCUCUCUGGUACCGCGGUACCGGAGCGCCAAGUCUAGGUCCAAGAGGCUUCUAAACAGCUUCUACCCCAAGCCAUAAGACUCCUGAACAUCUAAUCAAAUGGCUACCCAGACUAUUUGCCUCCCCCCUCCCCCCCCCCCCCCUCUUUUACGCUGCUGUUACUCUCUGUUUAUUAUCUAUGCAUAGUCACUUUAAUAACUCUAACUACAUGUGCAUAUUACCUAAAUUACCUCGACUAACCGGUGCCCAUGCACAUUGACUCUGUAAUGGUACCCCCUGUACAGUGAGGGAAAAAAGUAUUUGAUCCCCUGCUGAUUUUGUACGUUUGCCCACUGACAAAGACAUGAUCAGUCUAUAAUUUUAAUGGUAGGUUUAUUUGAACAGUGAGAGACAGAAUAACAACAAAAAAAUCCUGAAAAAAGCAUGUCAAAAAUGUUAUAAAUUGAUUUGCAUUUUAAUGAGGGAAAUAAGUAUUUGACCCCUCUGCAAAACAUGACUUAGUACUUGGUGGCAAAACCCUUGUUGGCAAUCACAGAGGUCAGACGUUUCUUGUAGUUGGCCACCAGGUUUGCACACAUCUCAGGAGGGAUUUUGUUCCACUCCUCUUUGCAGAUCUUCUCCAAGUCAUUAAGGUUUCGAGGCUGACGUUUGGCAACUCGAACCUUCAGCUCCCUCCACAGAUUUUCUAUGGGAUUAAGGUCUGGAGACUGGCUAGGCCACUCCAGGACCUUAAUGUGCUUCUUCUUGAGCCACUCCUUUGUUGCCUUGGCCGUGUGUUUUGGGUCAUUGUCAUGCUGGAAUACCCAUCCACGACCCAUUUUCAAUGCCCUGGCUGAGGGAAGGAGGUUCUCACCCAAGAUUUGACGGUACAUGGCCCCGUCCAUCGUCCCUUUGAUGCGGUGAAGUUGUCCGGUCCCCUUAGCAGAAAAACACCCCCAAAGCAUAAUGAUUUCCACCUCCAUGUUGGACGGUGGGGUCAUAGGCAGCAUUCCUCCUCCUCCAAACACGGUGAGUUGAGUUGAUGCCAAAGAGCUCGAUUUUGGUCUCAUCUGACCAUAACGCUUUCACCCAGUUCUCCUCUGAAUCAUUCAGAUGUUCAUUGGCAAACUUCAGACGGGCCUGAAUAUGUGCUUUCUUGAGCAGGGGGACCUUGCGGGCGCUGCAGGAUUUCAGUCCUUCACGGCGUAGUGUGUUACCAAUUGUUUUCUUGGUGACUAUGGUCCCAGCUGCCUUGAGAUCAUUGACAAGAUCCUCCCGUGUAGUUCUGGACUGAUUCCUCACUGUUCUCAUGAUCAUUGCAACUCCAAGAGGUGAGAUCUUGCAUGGAGCCCCAGGCCGAGGGAGAUUGACAGUUAUUUUGUGUUUCUUCCAUUUGCGAAUAAUCGCACCAACUGUUGUCACCUUCUCACCAAGCUGCUUGGCGAUGGUCUUGUAGCCCAUUCCAGCCUUGUGUAGGUCUACAAUCUUGUCCCUGACAUCCUUGGAGAGCUCUUUGGUCUUGGCCAUGGUGGAGAGUUUGGAAUCUUAUUGAUUGAUUGCUUCUGUGGACAGGUGUCUUUUAUACAGGUAACAAACUGAGAUUAGGAGCACUCCCUUUAAGAGUGUGCUACUAAUCUCAGCUCGUUACCUGUAUAAAAGACACCUGGGAGCCAGAAAUCUUUCUGAUUGAGAGGGGGUCAAAUACUUAUUUCCCUCAUUAAAAUGCAAAUCAAUUUCUAACAUUUUUGACAUGCGUUUUUCUGGAUUUUGUUGUUGUUAUGCUGUCUCUCACUGUUCAAAUAAACCUACCAUUAAAAUUAUAGACUGAUCAUUUCUUUGUCAGUGGGCAAACGUACAAAAUCAGUAGGGGAUCAAAUACUUUUUUCCCUCACUGUAUAUAGCCUCGCUGUUGUUAUUUUUACUGCUGCUCUUUAAUUAUUUGUUACUUUUAUUUAGUAUUAUUUUAUAUUGUAUUUUUUGGUGAUUAUUUUUUUGGUGUUCUUUCUUAAAACUGCAUUGUUGGUUAAGGGCUUGUAAGUAAGCAUUUCAUUGUAAGGUCUACACUUGUUGUAUUCGGCGCAUGUGACAAAUACAAUUUGAUUUGAGAUUGCAGGCCUGUCUAAGACUAAAGCAAAGCAACUGGUGAGUUACUGCUCUGUUUCAGCCUUUAUGGGCAGCCUAGCUGUGUGGAGAAGGUGCUUUUUGUAUCCUUAAGUGUCCUUGUAUCCAAUACCUUUGAAAUGUUUGAAUCCUUUAUGUAAUGUGAUUUGUGGAUUCAAAUAAAGUAUUUAAAUGUUUGGGUGUGCUUAACCCUCCUACCUGUCCCUCUCCCUCAGACUUGUUAGAAGACAUGGAGGAUGGCAAGGAGCGUACAUGUGACUCUCUGCUCAUGUGUAUCGUCACUGUGCUAAGCCACGGCCUGAGGAGUGGAGGGGGGGUUGGAGACGUCCUGAGAAAGCCCUCCAAAGAGGUAAACACACAGACCAGAUCCCCACCCAGCCACACUGGAGAGAACAGAGCCCCUAUUCAUAAAGUGUCUCAGAGAAAGAGUGCUGAUCUAGCAACAGUUUUGCCUUUUAAAUCAUUAUGAAUAAGAGGGAGGACCUGAUCCUAGACCAACACUCCUACUUUGAGAUGUUUUCUGAAUACAGACCCAGUCAGGCCCAGUUAAACUAUAGAGUUCAGUAUCAUCUGUAGGGUUGAGCUGAUGUUUAUAGCAAUAAAAAAUUUCCUCAGAACCCCUUCCAGCUGUUUGGCCUCCUCCCUGUGUGGGAAUUGAUAAGGUCUGGAAAUACGCUAUAUAUAUACAAAAUAAUGUGGACACUCCUUCCAAUUAGUGGAUUCGUCUAUUUCAGCCACACCCGUUGCUGACAGGUGGAUAAAAUCGAGCACACAGCCAUGCAAUCUCCAUAGAGAAACAUUGGCAAUAGAAUGGCCUUACUGAAGAGCUCAGUGACUUUCAACGUGGAACCGUCAUAGGAUGCCACCUUUCCAACAAGUCAGUAACAUUUCUGCCCUGAUAGAGCUGCCCCGUUCAACUGUAAGUGCUGUUAUUGUGAAGUGGAAACGUAUAGGAGCAACAACUGCUCAGCCGCUAAGUGGUAGACCACACAAGCUCACAGAACGGGACCGCUGAGUGCUGAUGCGCGUAAAAAUCGUCUGUCCUCUGUUGCAACACUCACUACCGAGUUCCAAACUGCCUCUGGAAACAACGUCAGCACAAUAUCUGUUAAUCGGGAGCUUCAUGGAAUGGGUUUCUAUGGCCGAGCAGCCGCACACAAGACUAAGAUCACCAUGCGCAAUACCAAGCGUUGGCUGGAGUGGCAUAAAGCUCGCCGCCAUUGGACUCUGGAGCAGUGGAAAUGUGCUCUCUGGAGUGAUGAAUCACGCUUCACCAUCUGGCAGUCCGACGGACAAAUCUGGGUUUAGCGGAUGCCAGGAGAACGCUACCUGCCCGAAUGCAAAGUGCCAACUAAAGUUUGGUGGAGGAGGAAUAACGGUCUGGGGCUGUUUUUCAUGGUUCGGGCUAGGCCCCUUAGUUCCGGUGAAGGGAAAUCUUAACGCUACAGCAUACAAUGACAUUCUAGACGAUUCUGUGCUUCCAACUAUGGGGCAACAGUUUGGGGAAGGCCCUUUCUUGUUUCAGCAUGACAAUGCCCCCGUGCACAAAGUGAGGUCCAUACAGAAAUGGUUUGUCGAGAUCGGUGUGGAAGAACUUGACUGGCCUCAACCCAAUCGAACACCUUUGAGAUUAAUUGGAACGCCGACUGCGAACCAGGUCUAAUCGCCCAACAUCAGUGCCCGACCUUACUAAUGCGCUUGUGGCUGAAUGGAAGCAAGUCCCCGCAGCAAUGUUCCAACAUCUAGUGGAAAGCCUUCCCAGAAGAGUGGAGGCUGUUAUGGCAGCAAAAGGGUGACCAACUCCAUAUUAAUGCCCAUGAUUUUGAAAUUAGAUGUUCGACGAGCAGGUGUCCACAUACUUUUGGUCAUGUAGUGUAGGUUUUCACUAAACUACCAGUCAGACCACAGAUGAUGACAUAGAGCAUCAUGGAGAAAUGUCUACUCCUGUCAUAAACCGGUACACUCAUUGGGCGCCUCCCUAGAAGGUAAUUUGACCUGUAGCCUACAUUUGAUAUGAAUUACAGUUUUGUUUUUACUUUAAAAAAUAAAAUAAAACUUUAACCAGAGACUGUAAAACCAGUGUAAUGUGUGCUCUCCGUCUGGUCUUGGUCAGUACCCGUGCUGCAGCAUUCUGUAUGUUUUGCAGCUGACCAAUGGCUUUCUUGGGUAGACCAGACAGGAGAGCAUUACAGUAGUCAAGCCUGCUUGUAAUAUAAGCAUGGAUGAGUCUCUCUGUAUCAGCCUGAGAGCGAAACGGCUGCACCUUGGCAAUGUUCCUAAGGUGGUAAAAGCUAUUUUGGUCACAUUCCUAAUAUGUGAUUCAAAAUUUAGUUCAGAAUCUAAAACAACACCUAGGUUUUUUUACCUGGUGUUUUAUAUUUAUUGCCCGUGAAAUAAAAUGUGCAGCUUGAUUCUCUCUCUGCUUUGGCUCCAACAAUAAGUACCUCGGUCUUGUCUUGAUUUAGCUGGAGGAAGUUGUGAGCCAUCCAAGUAUUUAAAUCACUAAUACAUUCUAAUAAUUUAUCCGUGGAGCUAAAAUCCUCUGGUGAAAUGCUGCGUAGCAGUGAAAAUCAAUGCUGUACAUUCUGAUAACGCUUUCAAGGGGUAACAUACUUUAUAUAAACUGAACAGUACCGGACCCAAAAUCGAACGUUUGUGGAAUGCCACAUGUGAUAUGUAUUUUCUCUGAGUUAUAUUCACCAAGGGUGACCGGUUAAAUAGGUCCUAAACUAAUUUAGAACUGGACCGGAGAGGCCUUCUCCAGUCUGUCCAGAAGGACAUCAUGGCCAACAGUGUCGAAUGCAGCACUUAAAUCUAAGAGUACAAGGACAGAGAGCAAAAUGUUUAUGGUGUAAAAUGCUUGUUACAGUUAAAAAGAGGUGCUGGAUGAGAGAAGAGCCUGUAUACGGUGCCCAACAUUUCAGCCUGUUUGCGUAACUGUUUCUUGAGGUCGUAACUGUGUGGCAUCUGGCCUCUUGCACCAGUGUUCUUAUGUUUCACAUCAACACACGAUUCAUGGCCGGUCAGGCUAAGCCCCUGCUCAUAACCAAUGGCCCCCAUUCUGCCUUUAUGUAAAAACCAGGGCAGUGUUCAAUAUGGUCACCAAAUGGAAGAAACAGACUGAAACAGGGAGGGACUACCUGGACCUGCCCAAUAAGAGAUGGUCAUUUCCACCUUUCAUUGCAGAAUGUUUAAAAACAUUUCAGUUGUGUACCCAAAUAAACACAACCCACACUUAUCUCUCUGACCCAGGUCACUUCAUCAUAUGUCAGCCCAAUAUGAUACAGGGCCGGGCCCCACCUUCACUGUCUAACAUUUGGCUUUACUCUGACCUUAUUGUCAUUGUGUUAUAUGUUCUACGUGUUAUUUCUUUGUUUUACAUAUGUUGUAUGUUAUUGUUUUAAAUGUUAUAUGUGUUUAAUCCACAGGUGGGAAACUCCAUCCUGAAGGGUCACAGUGUGUCCAGUCCAGUACUUACACACCUAAAUCAACUAAUACUGCUUUACAUUGAUUUAAAUGGACCUUGAUUAUUUUAUUGGUUAAAUAAGUUUAUAGGUUGAGCUGUUAGUGGUGGGCUGGACCAAAAACCUGUUGCUCAUCCCUGGUUUAGUCUGUAGACCGCACUGUGUCACUUUCUACUCAAAGUACCAACAAUAAUGGCUAUAGUGUGAUACAGUACUGUAUAUGUUGUGAUCUGGAGUUUAUAAUGCUAUAUAAUGUGUUGUAAAUUAUAACCACUCCUCUCCCUCCAAUCCCCCCUUUCUCUCUUUGUAGGAGCCUCUGUUUGCGGCCAGGGUGAUCUACGACCUGCUCUUCUUCUUCAUGGUCAUCAUCAUUGUCCUCAACCUUAUCUUCGGAGUCAUCAUCGACACCUUUGCUGACCUGAGGAGUGAGAAACAGAAGAAGGAAGAGGUCCUGAAGACCACCUGCUUCAUAUGCGGUGAGAAGACAUAGCUGCCCUGUCUCUAGCCUGAAAAUAACAUAACUACUAGUCACUUUAAUGGGGUAGCCAUGUAGUCUGAAUAGUUUCAGUUUUCAGUUGCUUAGUAGAACACUGGCAUAUCAAUGUAGGUUUGUUCUAUUUUACAAGAUAAUCUCAUGGUUUAGUCUGGAUGGGGGUCACCUCAUGAGUAAGUCCUGAGUAUGACAGGAGUAUGUAGGUAGUGCACACAUGAGUAAGCACUAGUCCUUAGCUUGACCUUCCUCUAUGAAUGUUAGUUUACUGCCGUCCUUCCCUCUUUCUUCCCUAUACAGUAUCUCUCUUUCCUCCCUUUUUCUCUAGAACAGAGUCAUGGAGGCUUCCUGCCUGCCCAGCACUCCUUUCUUCUCUCUCAGCCAGUCAGGUAGUGGGGCACAGUGUGCAGCAGAUGGAAUUAGUCCAGGGCCUGUACUCACAUAGUAGGAUCUAGGAUCAGUUUUCCCUUUUAAAUCAUAUUGAAUAGGAGGUGGGGUGGGGGGGGGGUCCUAGAUUAGCACUCCAACCAUUAGACUUUUUGUGAACAUGGGCCCUGGUCUGUUGCCGGGCUGAGCUGUAUGUGUGUGGAGGUGGUCUAUGACUCACACACAUUAGAUAAGGCCUGAUUCGGGGGGGGGGGGGGGGGUGGCGGUGGCACGGCAUGGCACCAUCGUCAUGGUUUCCGGGGGGAACUGAGGCAGAGGAGAUGGGAGCGAGAUUAGAGGGAUUGUCUCCCAUCACAGAGAGAGAGAUGGUUCCUAAAGCCAUUGACUCGGUCCUCCUCUAAGCCCCUCCUCAGUAAAAGUAUUGCCUUUUGUGCCUCUUCCAGUGCCUUCGGAAAGUAUUCAGACCCCUUGACUUUUUCCACAUUUUGUUACGUUACAGCCUUAUUCUAAAAUGGAUUAAAUUGUUGUUUUUCCUCAUCAAUCUACACACAAUACCCCAUAAUGACAAAGCAAAAACAGGUUUUUAGAAUAUCACAUUUACAUAAGUAUUCAGACCCUUUACUCAUUACUUUGUUGAAGCACCUUUAGCAGCGAAUACAGCCUUGAGUCUUCUUGGGUUUGACGCCACAAGCUUGGCACACCUGUAUUUGGGGAGUUUCUCCCAUUCUUCUAUGCAGAUCAUCUCAUGCUCUGUCAGGUUGGAUGGGGAGCAUUGCUGCACAGCUAUUUUCAGGUCUCUCCAGAGAUGUUCAAUCGGGUUCAAAUUCGGGCUCUGGCUGGGCCACUCAAGGACAUUGAGACUUGUCCCGAAGCCUCUCCUGCGUUGUCUUGGCUGUGUGCUUAGGGUCUUUGUCCUGUUGGAAGGUGAACCUUCUUCCCAGUCUGAGGUCCUGAGCACUCUGGAGCAGGUUUUCAUCAAGGAUCUCUCUGUAUCUGCUCCGUUCAUCUUUCCCUUGACCCUGACUAGUCUCCCAGUCCCUGCUGAUGGAAAACAUCCCCACAGCAUGAUGCUGCCACCUCCAUGCUUCACCGUAGGGAUAGUAUUGGACAGGUGAUGAGCGGUGCCUGGUUUCCUCCAGACGUGGCACUUGUCAUUCAGGCCAAAGAGUGCACUCUUGGUUUCAUCAGACCUGAUAAUCUUGUUUCUCAUGGUCUGAGUCCUUUAGGUGCCUUUUGGCAAACUCCAACGGGCUGUCGUGCCUUUUACUGAGGAGUGGCUUCCGUCUGGCCAAUCUACCAUAAAGGCCUGAUUGGUGGAGUGCUGCAGAGAACCUUCUGGAAGGUUCAGCCAGCUCUAGGAAGAGUCUUGGUGGUUCCAAACGUCUUCCAUUUAAGAUUGAUGGAGGCCAGUGUGUUCUUGGGGACCUUCAAUGCUGCAGAAAUGUUUUGGUACCCUUCCCCAGAUCUGUGCUUCGACACAAUCCUGUCUCGUAGCUCUACGGACAAUUCCUUCGACCUCAUGGCUUGGUUUUUGCUCUGACAUGCACUGUCAACUGUGGGACCUUAUAUAGACAGGUGUGUGCCUUUCCAAAUCAUGUCCAAUCAAUUGAAUUUACCACAGGUGUACUCCAAUCCAGUUGUAAAAACAUCUCAAGGAUGAUAAAUGGAAACAGGAUGCACAUGAGCUCAAUAUUAAGUCUCAUAGCAAAGGGUCUGACUACUUAUGUAAAUAAGGUAUUUCUGUUUUUUAUCUGUAAUACAUUUGCAACAAUUUCUAAAAAUUGUCAUUAUGGAGUAUUGUGUGUAGAUUGAUGAGGGAAACAUUUAAUUUAAUCAAUUUUAGAAUAAGGCUGUAACGUAACAAAAUGUGGGAAAAAUUAAGGCAUCUGAAUAUUUUCCGAAUGCACAGUAUUCGGAAAAUAUAUAAUAGCAUUCCCAUUCAUUACUUUAAUGACAAUACAGGUACCAUAGUAGCUCCUCCGUCUGAGGAUUUUGGCCUAGAUCAGGGGUGUCGGUUUAUCCCCCCCCCCAAAAAAAGAAAAAUCUAAUCAAAUUGUAUAUGUCACAUGCGCCGAAUAGGUGUAGACUUUACCGUAAAAUGCUUACUUACGAACCCUUUCCCAUCAAUUCAGAGUUGAAAGGUAAGAAAAGAAAGAAAGGAAAUAGUAAUACAAUAAAAUAACAAUAACAAGUCUAUUUACAGUACUGUACAAGGAGUACCGGUACCGAGUCAAUGUGCAGGGAUACGAGGUAAUUGAAGUAAUUAUGUACAUGUAGGUAGGGGUAAAAGUGACUAGGCAAUCAGGAUAUAUAAUAAACAGAGUAGUAGCAGCAUAUGUGAAGUGUGAAAGUGUGUCUAUGAAUGUGGCGUCUGUGUGUGUGUUGGAGUGUUAGUAUGUGUGAGUGUGUGGGUAGAGUUCAGUGAGUGUGCAUAGAACCAGUGCAAGAAUGUCAGUCAAAAAAAGGGGGUCAAUGCAAAUAGUCCAGGUAGCCAUUUGAUUAACUCUUAAGCAGUCUUAUGCCUUGAGGGUAAAAGCUGUUCAGGAGCCUUUUGUCCCAGACUUGGCGCUUCGGUACCACUUGCCGUGUGGCGGCAGAGAGAAUACAGUAUGUAAAGACAAGAUUAACUCAAGAAUUUGUAAGUCGCUCUGGAUAAGAGUGUCUGCUAAAUGAUGUAAAUGUAAUAGUCUGAUGGUUGACAAUAUUAGCCUAUCACUUAUAAAUGAUAUACAGUGGGGGAAAAAAGUAUUUAGUCGCCACCAAUUGUGCAAGUUCUCCCACUUAAAAAGAUGAGAGAGGCCUGUAAUUUUCAUCAUAGGUACACGUCAACUAUGACAGACAAAUUGAGAUUUUUUUUCUCCAGAAAAUGACAUUGUAGGAUUUUUAAUGAAUUUAUUUGCAAAUUAUGGUGGAAAAUAAGUAUUUGGUCACCUACAAACAAGCAAGAUUUCUGGCUCUCACAGACCUGUAACUUCUUCUUUAAGAGGCUCCUCUGUCCUCCAGUCGUUACCUGUAUUAAUGGCACCUGUUUGAACUUGUUAUCAGUAUAAAAGACACCUGUCCACAACCUCAAACAGUCACACUCCAAACUCCACUAUGGCCAAGAUCAAAGAGCUGUCAAAGGACACCAGAAACAAAAUUGUAGACCUGCACCAGGCUGGGAAGACUGAAUCUGCAAUAGGUAAGCAGCUUGGUUUGAAGAAAUCAACUGUGGGAGCAAUUAUUAGGAAAUGGAAGACAUACAAGACCACUGAUAAUCUCCCUCGAUCUGGGGCUCCACGCAAGAUCUCACACCGUGGGGUCAAAAUGAUCACAAGAACGGUGAGCAAAAAUCCCAGAACCACACGGGGGGACCUAGUGAAUGACCUGCAGAGAGCUGGGACCAAAGUAACAAAGCCUACCAUCAGUAACACACUACGCCGCCAGGGACUCAAAUCCUGCAGUGCCAGACGUGUCCCCCUGCUUAAGCCAGUACAUGUCCAGGCCCGUCUGAAGUUUGCUAGAGUGCAUUUGGAUGAUCCAGAAGAGGAUUGGGAGAAUGUCAUAUGGUCCGAUGAAACCAAAAUAUAACUUUUUGGUAAAAACUCAACUCGUCGUGUUUGGAGGACAAAGAAUGCUGAGUUGCAUCCAAAGAACACCAUACCUACUGUGAAGCAUGGGGGUGGAAACAUCAUGCUUUGGGGCUGUUUUUCUGCAAAGGGACCAGGACGACUGAUCUGUGUAAAGGAAAGAAUGAAUGGGGCCAUGUAUCGUGAGAUUUUGAGUGAAAACCUCCUUCCAUCAGCAAGGGCAUUGAAGAUGAAACGUGGCUGGGUCUUUCAGCAUGACAAUGAUCCCAAACACACCGCCCGGGCAACGAAGGAGUGGCUUCGUAAGAAGCAUUUCAAGGUCCUGGAGUGGCCUAGCCAGUCUCCAGACCUGAACCCAAUAGAAAAUCUUUGGAGGGAGCUGAAAGUCCGUAUUGCCCAGCGACAGCCCCGAAACCUGAAGGAUCUGGAGAAGGUCUGUAUGGAGGAGUGGGACAAAAUCCCUGCUGCAGUGUGUGCAAACCUGGUCAAGACCUACAGGAAACGUAUGAUCUCUGUAAUUGCAAAAUAAGGUUUCUGUACCAAAUAUUAAGUUCUGAUGUAUCAAAUACUUAUGUAAUGCAAUAAAAUGCAAAUGAAUUACUUAAAAAUCAUACAAUGUGAUUUUCUGGAUUUUUGUUUUAGAUUCCGUCUCUCACAGUUGAAGUGUACCUAUGAUAAAAAUUACAGACCUCUACAUGCUUUGUAAGUAGGAAAACCUGCAAAAUCGGCAGUGUAUCAAAUACUUGUUCUCCCCACUGUAGGUGUGUCUUGACCAGUAGCUGUGCGUUGACUCACCCUACUUGUAGAGAAACGCCAAUGCCAUCCUCCUCUCUUUCAUGUCAAGUACACGCUUUUAUUUUUUGUUGUCCUAGGCUACCUGGCUAAAAUGUUUGCUCGCUAACCUAACUUCCUUUCAUGGGCAACGUUAGCUAGUUAACAUUAGCCUUCUACAUGUUGAACUUCCAUCCUCUCAGACCAGGGGCACAAUGUAUGAAUUUAUGGUUGGAUCAGAAUCGCCAUUAUAAUCAUUGCACAGUACGGAGAAUUAAGUAAAACCACAAGUCCAAAUCCCUAUCUCCAUCCAUGGCUAGUUUUGGAAAGGACCAAUUUUAGCUAGCUAGCCACCGGAGGACAACAACACAACGAGAUGCACAACGAGUUUCUGUCAAUGACAUAUGCUCUCGAUGCGAUGUGAUCGGAGUGGAGCAGAAUCCAAACUGGCUUCCCUUGACAUUUUUUUUUUAUGUGCCAGGACCAUUCACAGUUGAGCUCACUCUGUUUAGCUCAACGCUGAUUGGCUAUUAUUUUAUAUAGUUUUUAUCAAGGGAAGCUAGAUGCUCGCUGGCUUCCCUUGCAUUCAAUGCUAGGGGCGGCAACAAUGUCAUACUCUUUUGGACCAUACAGCAUCAGAUAGAUGGCCUACACAAACAGAGACAGAGGGGCGCUGUUUCGCUCGGAUGCAUUCUCUGGUGAGAUACAUUCAGCCUCCUGCAAAUUGAAGGAAAAUUAUGAAACACAGAGAGACAAAAGAUAAAUUAUUGAAUGUUUUUUUUUUUCUUGGUAAAGUUUUUGGGGAUGCCUGGCUUCCCUUGGCAUCCAUGAAUACACGCCACUGGUCUUGACUGUGAUAAGGGCUUGGGAAAUAAUAGCAUCUUGUCUGUUAAAUUAACAAAGGGCUAUGCCACUGCACAGACAUAGGCUUCUACAAGCAAGCGCCACUGCUGAGGUUACUGCCUUUUUGAAGAUUGUGUUCCACGAUAUAAUAUAACCAGUUGACAUUACGGUUUCAAUAAAUUAGUCUUAAAUGGAACUUGUUUUUUUAUUGACUGAAUAUAUAUAUAUAUAUGGGCCGAUUCGUUAUCUGUAAUGGUUAUGAUAAAUUAGGACUUGUUGCGCACUGUUGGCAUAUAGAAACAUGCACUUUAUCUUUGUGUUCAAUUUUUUUUUUUUUUUUUUUUUAUCCGAGUACUUGGGAAAAAAUCAUGCGAGGACUAGAACAGUAAAAAAAAAUCUAAAAUGUCCAUUCCUACAGGGAAAUAUACAAAACAUUUGACACCCCUUGCCUAGAUAGAUCAAAUCCAAAAUGACCACACUUUCUGCACAUUCCCCAAAUUCACAUGGCAAUUUUCAUAUUUUGGAGAUUACGGAAAUUUGGCCAGUCUAUCCAGGAAGACUAAUGUUGUUUAGUCAUUAGAUUGAAAGAUGGACUUUGUUCACAGGAAUUGUCAAAUGCUUCUGCCAGAUGCUCAUUAAACACCACGCCAUAUCACAGGGUCAGAAGUGGCUUACCCUCCGUGAAUUGAUUUACGCUCUCUAUUGUAACCCCGAACUCCUAGUUGAACCUAGAUCCCUUAACAAUACCCCUAGUAUUCACUAUGACCCCUGUCCUAAUUACCAGCAAUCCUAACCGUGUGUGUGUGUGCGCGCGUUUUGAUUUCCUCACAGGUCUGGAGAGAGACAAGUUUGACAACAAGACGGUGACGUUUGAGGAGCACAUCAAGGAGGAGCACAACAUGUGGCACUACCUGUUCUUCAUAGUGCUGGUCAAGGUGAAGGACUCCACAGAGUACACCGGCCCUGAGAGCUACGUCGCUGAGAUGAUCAAGGUGACGCACACACACCAAGCCUGAGCUGGCUCUGGCCUUGUGUUACAGUUAAAUGGGUAACAUUUCCCCAUGUCAGACCACAAUGUCUAAUAGGUAAUGUGAUACAGCAAAUGCCCAGGCCGUCCCCAGUACCCACUGAAAUGAGUGCAUAGGGUACACUACAUGAUUGCAUAGGGUACACUACAUCCUGUCCUGGGGGUAGACUGAGGUUUGUAGGGUGCAUAUAGGGCCAUAGAGUUGCUGUUUGUUUGUUAUGGUAAAUCCCUUAACUAGCUGCUGACCUUUGCUGCCUGUAUGUACGUUGUGUGUAGUGAGUCAGAGGGGAGAAUGUGACACGCACACACACACACCUCAACAUAGCUAUUUGCCCUUCCGCCCUCAACUGACAGAGAUAGCACGUACACACUGAAUGUCACUGACCAACUGAAUGACAAACGAACUGGAUGAGACAUACACCCUGUGAUCUCACUGGAUGAGACACACAGAAAGGCAGAGGGACAAGACAGAACAUGAACUGUUGUCAAACCUUAAACCAGAUUAAGCUGUGAUACGAGGCACAAUGAUAGCACUUGAAAAGGGAAUAGGUUUCAUUUUUGUAUUCCACUAUGAUAGACCUGAGAUGCCAGUAGAGGCAUCUCUUAAAGAGUCUUAGUUUUUGCUGUUCGGCCUUGUUAUUUUGGUAGCAAUCAUGUCAUCAUACUGGUCUGUGCAGUUUGGUGUCCUAGUAACACAAAUACAAGGGAGGACGCUAACAACCCCCAGCCUUAUUCUUAUGUUUCAAUGCCUUUUUCUUAUGUUCCAUGCAAAUAAACAGACUUUGGAGCAUAAAUCACUCGCAGUGUUCAGAGUUUCUUUGCUGAUUAUGUUUUUCUUUGAUAUCCUCAAAGCCAUUGGAUGUCUGUAUGUUUCUGUCUGAUCUUCCUUUAUUUACCCAGGCAAGUCAAUUAAGAUACAUUUAUUUUAUCUUAUUUACAGGAGCACAAUCUGGACUGGUUCCCGCGGAUGCGUGCGAUGUCGCUGGUGAGCAGUGACGCGGAAGGCGAGCAGAACGAGAUCAGAAACCUGCAGGAGAAGCUGGAGUCGGCCAUGAGGCUGGUGUGCAAUCUGUCUGGACAGCUCAUGGAGCUCAAGGAGCAGGUGAGUCUCAUCUGCACAGACAUAUACAGACAGAUGUCUGUCAAAUCACACCUUGGCUCCCAACAGCUAAUUGGCAAGGCACUCAUGUAGUUCUGAGAUGAUUGGAUUGGUGAAAAGCAAUACGGGAUAAAUUCCACCUAGCCUAUUAGAAGGCAAGAUGGAGCGAUUUACUCUUGCUUACUGAGCUCGAGGCAAGAAGGCACCAAGAGCCUGCCGGUGCUGAAACUGAAGUGAUUGAUGGAUUGUAGUUCAUCACCGCCAACACUCGGUCUGGAAUGUAAUUACAUGCUAGCAUGGCUAGUGGCUAAUGUUAGCCAGCUCGAGUUAGCAUACGAACUCGGUAAGUUCUCCAUACAACAUUGACAAUAGUGCAUUGCGGGUAGUCCCAAAGAUAUAUAUUUUCUAAACUAAAUGUAAAAAAAAAAAAGAAACACUAAUAAACAUAUUUUGUUGGAGGUAUAGGUAACCAGACUGUGACUAAAACUAAGUUACUAAGACUUUGACCACACUGUGUUGUUACUUAGGAGAGUAAAAACUCCUAUUUCCUACACUUUAAACUGAUCCAAUCCUUUUUUAUUAUUAAGUGCCUAUGAGUAGGAGCUAGGGGCCAUUUUGAAUUGAGCAGAAGGUAUGUGAGAUUCUCUCACUGCUCUGGGCUGUUGAGUGGUUGUGGAGAAAGGUUUGUGGGGUUGGGGUUGGCUGUGAUGGGUGGGGUGGGGUGGGCCCAGGGUGGGUUCACAGAGUUGUUGAGAAAUAUACGGAAGCUGGAUUGUGUGUGGAGGAAGGGGCUGGCAGUUCAUGCGUUCACAGGGUUAACAAUAGUCUAUGUCAAAGCUCGCCACAGGAAACUUGGGUCUCAGUGUUUUUAUCAGUAGGUGUGCACUGUGUAGUCUGCAUGUUUGUGCGCUUCUCCAUGUGUUUGUUAUUGGGUGUGUACUACGUGUUUAUUUGAGGUUGAGAUCAACACUACCCCCCCCCCCCCCCCCCCCCCCCCCCCCUCGGCAGAUGACAGAGCAGAGGAAACAAAAGCAGAGGAUUGGACUCCUGGGCCACCCCCCUCACAUGAACGUCAAUCCCCAGCAGCCAGCCUGA